UGCGCAGUCGAUCAGGCGGAUGUUGAUGCGCAAACCAGCUGCAAACUUUCCUCACUCGAUCACUAAACCUGCUGCAUUAAUCAGCCUCUGGUUGCCAGAUCCUCUGUCAUGAAAUCCUCCUGAUUAAUUGACAUGUUUUGGUAAAAUGGCCGCUGAGCUGUUUCCUGCCAAAAAACUGGCCACUGUCGCACCCAGUGCUGUUCAACAGAUCCAGCAGCAGAACGUCAGCAACAACAACACCAUCCAGGGAUGUAACUGGCAAGGCUUGUAUCCCUCCAUCAGAGAGAGAAACGCGGUCAUGUUCAACAACGAGCAGAUGGCUGAUAUUCAUUUUGUGGUGGGACCUCCCGGAGGAACCCAGCGAGUGCCGGGACACAAGUAUGUCCUGGCUGUGGGUAGUUCUGUAUUUCAUGCCAUGUUCUACGGAGAACUGGCUGAAGAAGAGGAUGAGAUCCGGAUCCCCGAUGUGGAGCCAGCGUCAUUCCUGGCCAUGUUGAAGUAUAUCUACUGUGAUGAGAUCGACCUGUGUGCAGACACCGUUCUCGCCACGCUGUACGCUGCCAAAAAAUACAUCGUUCCCCACUUGGCCCGCGCUUGCGUCAACUUCCUGGAGACCAGCCUGAGUGCGCGAAACGCCUGCGUCCUGCUCUCUCAGAGCUGCCUGUUCGAGGAGCCCGACCUCACGCAGCGCUGCUGGGAGGUGAUCGACGCACAGGCCGAGCUCGCGCUCCGUUCCGAGGGAUUCUGCGACAUCGACGCUCAGACUCUGGAGAGCAUCCUGCGGCGCGAGACGCUCAACGCCAAAGAGAUGGUGGUGCUGGAGGCGGCGUUGAGCUGGGCCGAGGCCGAGUGUCAACGACAGGAUCUCCAGCCCACCAUAGAGAACAAACGGCUUGUUUUGGGAAAGAACAUCUACCUGAUACGCAUCCCGGCGAUGGCGCUCGAUGAUUUCGCCAACGGUGUUGCGCAGUCCGGCGUGCUGACGCUCAAUGAAACCAACGAUAUCUUCCUGUGGUACACAGCGGCCAAGAAACCGGAGCUCAAGUUCGUCUGCAAGCCACGUAAAGGGUUGGCUCCGCAGAGGUGCCACCGCUUUCAGUCCUGCGCCUACCGCAGCAAUCAGUGGCGAUACCGCGGCCGCUGCGACAGCAUCCAGUUCGCCGUGGACAAGCGCGUCUUCAUCGCCGGGUUCGGGCUGUACGGCUCCAGCUGCGGCUCGGCCGAGUACCAGGCCAAGAUCGAGCUGAAGCGCCAAGGCAGCGUGACGCUCGGCGUCUCCAUCAUCAAGUACUUCUCCGACGGCUCCAGCAACACCUUCCCCGUCUUCUUCGAGCACCCGGUGCAGAUCGAACCCGACACCUUCUACACAGCCAGCGUGGUUCUGGACGGGAACGAGUUGAGUUAUUUUGGCCAGGAGGGGAUGACGGAGGUCCAGUGUGGGAAGGUGACCUUCCAGUUCCAGUGUUCGUCAGACAGCACCAACGGGACGGGUGUGCAGGGGGGGCAGAUCCCAGAACUCAUAUUUUAUGCUUGAGAGCGUCCCGUUUCGAUUAAUUAGAACCCGAUGUUUAGGGAAGUGCUGCUCUGAAUUUGCACCGAGGCUGCAAAAAGAUGAUUAGAGAUUACUGACAAUCCAUAUAGACUAUGUUAGAAGUGUUUGUGCACCUAAAAGAAUGAAGUUUGGUUAUCGUUUACUCACCCUCACUGUCGUAUAUCACGCUGCUGUUUUCAACCCAGGAUCAGUGGAGACUGGGGCGGUCAGAGUUCAGAAAUAUCGAAGCGGUCUAUAUAACUGGUGAGCUGUAAUUUACAACACAAAAGAGUCUGGGGUCAGUAGGCAACAUUGGAAGUGGAUCAAAACCUUUCAUCAAAGCUGUCCUAAAACCAUUAAGACAACUCUUAUGAAAUGUUUUGAUCCACUUCAAUUGUUGACGACUACUGUAUUUAAAAAAGAAAAUGUAAUACUUUUAAGGAUCUAUUAAAUGAAUUAAAAGUUACAGCAAUGACAUAAAAUGUUACGAAAGGUUUCAAAUUCAAAUAAAUGCUUUUCUUUUGAAUCUUCUAAUCAUCAAAGAAUCCUGAAAAAAAAAUCAGUUUAAGCAAUACUUAAUAAUAAGCAGCAGCACAGCUGUUUAACAUUCAUAAGAAU